AUGGAGUUAGUAAAGUGGGUGAAGCCUGGCAAUGGUGGUGUUGAAGCGGAGGAUGCGGACAGGAGGCGUAGUUCUAUAGUCCAAGAGAAGAGUGUCUGCCACAAUGGCGAUGUAAUGGCAGGUGCCAUGGAUUAG